GAAAAGACAACAAGACUCAUUUUGCUCGCGGGUGUGCGAGUCCUCUAGCGUGACAUACACUUGAUUAUACGUUUAACGAUAAUUUUAAAUUAAAAAGAAAUGCAUAUUGGGACAGAGGAUUCAUCAGAAAGUGAGCUGCAGGAAAACACAGAGGGGGAUGUGGACCCUCUUAAACAUGAAUCAGAACCCCCAAGAGGAAGUGAGGAUCUUGACGGAGAUGUUGAAGACAUCAAAAAUGAUCCCAUGCGCCUCCUGAAAGAGCUGGAGAAGGAGAACGCCCGACUGAGCCGGCGCAACAUGGAGCUCCAGGCACAGAUGGCCUUCCACAUGAGGGGCACGACGCCCCAUGAACAAGACCCUGAGCCGGACAUGAAGGAGUACCAAGAGUGCCUUGAGCACCUGGUGGAGCUGAGGCGGCAGAGGGUUUCCCAGAUGGAGAAAGCACAGCGGCAAGAAGAAGAGUUGAGGCUAAUAAACCAAGAGAUGCUCAACCGGGUGGAGGAUGAAUGGCAAUAUCUGUUGACUUGGAAGAAGAAGGUGGCCGUCUCGCUGCUAAGAGGCCAUUUGUCUCCAGAAGCGGCGCGGGCCAAGGUGGACGCCGCGCUGGGGUCCGAGCAGCGACAUCGCCAAGAGCUGAGGAAGCUGCGUCUGGUCCACGCUGGGAUGGAGAGCAGGGUGAUCCGUUUGGAGGCGGAGCUCGGCGAGGAGGAGCAGGAGGAGGGGCGGGACCUCCUGCUACGGCAGUUGAAGCAGCUGGUGGCCCAAAGGACGCUGGAGAGGAAAGCGAACGAGCGGAGGAGUCAAGAGGCCUCCAAGAUCCGGAAGAAUAUAAAGCGCACAUUGGAGUUGCUGUCAAACAUAAAGGAGAAGCUACACUGGAGUCACACGGAGGCGCAGGCCAAACGGGAGCAGCUCACCCGGCUGGAGGCCACGCUGACCUCCAGGAGGGACCUGCUGACCCGGACCAAGCGGGCUGGCGGCAGCCUGCGGAGGGACAACGCGGAGCUGAAGCGGACGCGGGGACUACUGGGGAACACGCUCCUCUUGUGGGACUUUGGGGUCACUGUGGGGGCUUCCCAACGACUGCAGGACAAACUGGAGGAGCUCAAAGGUCGACGAGAAGAAAUUGCGUCAUUGUAGUUGAUUCCGUUUUAAGCAGGGGUUCAUUUACAGUGGUGCGUUGAGAUGCAAGUUGGAUUCAUUCCGU